AUGCAAAGACGGAAAGAGCGACUGAGCGACAGUGGUAAAGAGAUGGUGAAGCUGAGAGAGAGAGGUAAAGAGAGUAGGGGAGAAAGAAGAAAGAGGAAAAGAGGAACGACAGGAAGAACGAAAAGGGGAAAGAAGCUAAGUAGGAAAGAGGAAACGGGAGAAAUUUCCGCUUCGUGUGGUUUGGAGUGUUUAGGGAAGGAAAAAAAGAGGGAAUGGGUUAGAGCGGUAAAGAGAGAUAGAAAGAAAAAGCGAAAGAGCGACAAGCAGGGAAGUAGAAAGGGAAAGAGGAAAAGAAAACAAAUAAGGAAAGAAAAAAGAGAGGAGAAAGAAAAAGAGAACAAGAGACAGAGGGAGAAAGAAAGAGAGAAUAGGCAAGCGCCACAGAAAGACAAGGAGAUAAGGGGCUAA